AUGGGAAAGUCUGAGGUUGUGCGAAUAGUGGCUUACAGGCUGGUGUUCGGUGAUAUUGCUGAAAAUUCCCACGCACCACGAUGCAGUUGCGUUGAGGCGCCCGAGCGAGAUUAGAAGUGGGAGCAGGGAGUUCAGUAGACGUUGAGCCUGGUAACGGGAUGCAAGUCUGAUCCUUGGAUCAGUAAGAGUAAGAAAAACGUGGUUCAAGUGGUUAGGAUGAAUCUGGGUAUAGUGUGUUACGUGAUCCUGAAUCUGGUACUGGGAAUAAAAGGAUCAGGAUCAGGACUUGAAGUGGUGUACCAGUGGAAGUACCUAGACUGGGUCUGGCCCAAUGUGCUACUGACAGGAAAAGAGUUUAUACUGGGUAACGCGUUUACACAGGAUGUUGACGUUGACAGGACUGGGCGUGUGUUUGUGACUAGUCCACAGUGGUUGGAUGGUGUCCCCAUUGUUCUGUCAACUGUUACCACUGCCAAUGGUCCAGGUGGUCCACUGCUGGCACCUUAUCCAGACUGGACCUGGCACAAAUCUUACGACUGCGAUGGUCUCGUGUCCGUUUACAGGAUAGCGAUCGACGAGUGUAAUCGUCUCUGGGUCGUGGACACUGGGAGGAUCAAGGGAAUGGCCGUGUGUCCUACGAAGAUCUUGAUCUUUGAUCUGAGAGAUGAUCGCUUGAUCCAUAAGUAUGUUGUACCUCAGAGUCAGAGCCUGAAUGGCAUGGCUUCUCUCGUUACUCCUGUCGUUGAUGUCGGAGCAACGUGUCUCGACUCUUAUCUCUAUAUUGCUGAUGUGGACCAAAAUGGUCUUGUCAUUUACGAUCUUCGCCACAAUUAUUCAUGGAGAUUAAACAACACUCCGAGUAACGCAUUCGGGCCUGACCAGGACGCCAUGAAUAUCACUAUCGCAGGAGAAUCCUUCAACCUGACCGACGGCACUUUGGGAUUGUCCUUGUCACCGGCAGGAUUUUACGAGCGCAGAUUCCUCUAUUUCAACUCACUGGCGAGUUACUAUCAAAAGUUCGCUGACGUCAAUUCACUGAAAUUGACUGACACUUUCGGGGAACCAGUGAUCUUCCAAUCGAAUUACAGACGUCCGAGUCAAGCUGGGGUUCAGGCUACUUCCAGAAGAGGUGUCCUGUUCUUCCAGUUGGUACAACUGACUGCGAUCGCUUGCUGGGAUAUCGAGAAACCUUUUACCCCGGAUAAUAUAGUUAUACUCGCACAGGACGAAGUCAAUCUGCAGUACAUCAGUGGUAUCAAAAUAAUUACGAACUCCUUUGGCCAAGAGGAACUCUGGUUCAAUACCAACAGACUACAGAAGACGAUAAACAUGACCCUGCGGCCGACAGAGACCAACUUCCGUUUAAUUCGUGGAUACGUAGACGAUAUAAUCCGUGGUACUAGAUGCGAGCCGAGUGGACCGAGAGGUCGAUUACCUAAUGUAGCCACCUGGCAUAGGAUAUAAUUCACUAGACUCCCUAGAACCACCUAAAUCACUAGACUCAUCCAGAACCAAGAGAGGAGCAAGCCGACGAUAAAAAUGAAUCUUUCAAAGCCAUAUAACACGAUAGAGUGAUAUGAUUCUAUUAUAAGGAAAAAAACUUUAAGAACGAUUGUUAUGUAUUUUGAAAAUAAAUUUAAAGAAAAAUA